AUGGAUCACAUGAUCUUCAUUGAUAGAGAUCCGUCUCUCUUCGCUACGAUCCUCAACUUCCUGCGGACCAAAGAGCUCCACCCUCGAUCCAUCAACGUGCACAUGCUCAUGCACGAGGCCGAGUUCUACGGCAUUACGCCGCUGGUGCGUAAGCUGCAGUUGUGUGACGAGCUGGACCGAUCCUCCUGUGGAAACGUGCUGUUCAACGGCUACCUGCCUCCACCAGUGUACCCGGCUAAGCGUCGUAACCGUCACAGCGUAGCGGGGUCUCAGUUCAUGGCGGGCCGGGCGGCGCUCGCUGAGAGAGCGCCGGUCAGACGCAGCAACACCAUGCCGCCCAACCUGGGGAACUCUGGGAUACUGGGCCGGGCCAGCACCGAGGAGAGGACGCCUGGAGGUCAGUUAUCAGACACCGGCAUGGUUCGGAUCAUCUGUGGUCAUCACAACUGGAUCGCUGUGGCCUACGCACAGUUUGUCGUCUGCUACAGGGUGAAGGAGUCCACCGGGUGGCAGCAGGUCUUCACCUCCCCUCGUCUCGACUGGGUGAUUGACCGAGUGGCGCUGAACGCCAAAGUGAUGGCGGGCUCGCUGGGAGACAACGACAAGAUGGUGGCCGUGGCGUCGGGGACGGAGAUCAUCCUGUGGGCCAUCUGUCCCGACGGCAACGGGAACGAGAUCGGCGUCUUCAGUCUGAACGUGCCGGUGGAGGCGCUCUUCUUCGUCGGUAACCAGCUGAUCGCCACCAGCCACACGGGGAAGGUCGGGGUUUGGAACGCUGUCACCAAACACUGGCAGAAUCAGGACGUGGUUCCCAUCAGCAGCUACGACACCGCCGGCUCCUUCCUCAUCCUGGGCUGCAACAACGGCUCCAUCUACUACAUAGAUGUGCAGAAGUUCCCUCUGAGGAUGAAGGACAACGACCUGCUGGUGACGGAGCUGUACAGAGACCCGACUGAGGACGCCAUCACUGCUCUCAGCGUCUACCUCACUCCCAAAACCAGUGACAGCGGGAACUGGAUCGAGAUUGCGUACGGGACCAGCUCUGGGGCGGUCCGAGUCAUCGUUCAGCAUCCAGAGACGGUCGGCUCGGGGCCACAGCUCUUCCAGACCUUCUCCGUCCACCGCAGCUCCGUCACCAAGAUCAUGCUGUCGGAGAAACACCUCAUCUCAGUUUGUGCCGACAACAACCACGUGCGGACGUGGACCGUGACCCGGUUCAGAGGGAUGAUCUCCACCCAGCCGGGGUCCACGCCGCUCACCUCCUUCAAGAUCCUCAGCCUGGACGACGUGGACGGACACGGAGGCUGCAGCGCCGGCACAGAGAUAGGUCCGUAUGGAGAGAGAGACGAUCAGCAGGUGUUCAUCCAGAGAGUCGUACCGGACACCGAUAAACUCUACGUGAGGCUGUCGUCCAACGGGAAGAGGGUCUGUGAGGUGCGUUCGGUGGACGGCGCGUCCAUCACGGCCUUCAUGGUCCACGAGUGCGAGGGCUCGAGCCGCAUCGGCUCACGGCCUCGCCGCUACCUCUUCAGCGGCCACGGCAACGGCAGCAUCCAGAUGUGGGACCUGACCACCGCCAUGGAGAUCGCCGGCAAGGUCGACAUCAGAGCGCUGGGCGGGCCGACCGAGGAGGAGCUGCUGGAGCUGCUGGACCAGUGUGACCUGGCUCUGACCAGAACACCUGACAGCACCCCGAGAGCCUCCACCUGCAGUCUUCACUCUCAGCUCACCGACGUCUUCAGGAUGGAGCGUCUCCACUCGGCAGCCGGAGCCCGAGCAGCCGGAGCUUCGUGUUCGUCCGUCUCGCUGUGCGGCAGCCUCCCCCGGCAGGCUCCGCCCCCUGCGCCCCUCGCCAAACCUGCGCGAGACUCCGCCCUCUGCGGGCCGCAGACCCUCAGCAUUCCCGCCUACACCCACAGCUCCACCUCCAGCCACAACCAGACCUCCAGCCCCCGCCCCCCCAGACACCUGGACCGAGACAGAGACUGGGGGUCCGUGCGGCGGGGGAGCUUCGUGGAGCGCUGCCAGGAGCUCGCCAAGGGUUCAGAGGCGGCGGCGGGCUCUGGGUUCGGGGUCCCGGCGGGGUCGGAGGGCGUCAGGCGGAGCUUAGCGGUGUGCACCGAGUUAGAGGCCAGAUUUGGCCUCAGGACCCCGACCACCUUCUCCGUGUCGCCCGGUGCACGCCACUCCCCCGGACCGCCAUCGCCGUCGCCCUCGUCUAUGUCACACCGCAGGACGACGCCCACUCCCCCGACAAGCCCCACCCUCGCAGCAGUGAGCCCGUCACGGUCCAGUGCGCCCGCCUCGCCACGCCGCGCCGCCACGCCGUCUCCUGGCGACGCGCCGGCUUCUCCCGAGAGCCCGGCGAGUCCGGACAGCCCCCCAGCCGGACCGCCCACCAGCCCCAAACCACACAUGAACGAGACCAGCUUCUGAUUGGCUGUUCAGACUGAGACGUCCUCUGAUUGGCUGUUCAGGCUCAGACGGCCUCUGAUUGGCUGUUCAGGCUCAGACGGCCUCUGAUUGGC